AUGGCUGCUGCAGUCGCCAGCUAUAAUAGCCUCUCAAAUUCUUUCCUUUCUUCAUCCACGGCGGUCGAGGUAGAUGACGCCGACGAGCAGUUCACUACACUGUUUUGCCGUGCCAUCUACGACUAUACCGCUCAAGAUGGUUCCGCACUCUCAUUCCGCCAGAACGACAUUAUUGAGGUUCUUACCCAACAACCUUCUGGGUGGUGGGAUGGCUUACUGGGGGAUGAACGCGGCUGGUUUCCCUCGAACUAUGUUACAAUCAUUUCGGACGAGGAGGCAGAACUAGCAUUUUCGUCGUCAGAGGCCUCUGUGCCGACGGAACAAACUCCAGCCUUGGAGGCGAAUGGCGACAACGCUUCAGUCCUCGAUAUGUCUCACGCCAUGAUGCGAGGUACCCAGGCGGAGAACGAGCAAUGGCUGGACGCUGAGUUGGGAGGGGUCCAGGCCGGACUUGACGACCUUGCCAAUGCUACGUUCACCAAUGGGCCGGUUGAAUCCAACGACUUUUGGAUGCCGGAGGUCACAACAGAUGGCCAGAUCUUCUACGUCAAUACCAAGACGGGACAGAGAGCUCGGGAUUUGCCCAGCGAAACUGACGGCGAAACAUCAGACAGUGAUUAUACCGGUCUGGCAUCGCAAUCCAGCUCCCGGUCAGGUACCAGUGCUGGUCUUACCAAUAGUCUACCUCCAGGAAACCGAGAUGGCGGAAGCUCGGCCGGAUUUGGUCUCCCUCGUCGAACGACCACUCCCGAGCCUUGGGUGAAGAAACUUGCGGACGAUGGCAUGUCCUAUUAUUAUUUCAAUAAGGUGGACAACACUUCUCAAUGGACUCGACCGGAGCCCGACAUCAGUAGCAACAACAACAGAUCUCACACUCGCGAUCGGAGUACAACACGUCCUCUCCCUCCCACUACUGCCUCAACCUCCUUCCAACCAGCCAUUCGUCCUCUCCCCCCAACUUCCCGUGCCACACAGAAAGCAUCGCGACUUAGCGUUUACUCUGACAGCUCAGACAUUCACCCCCUCGAGCCUUCAGGGUCCAGGACAAAUGGCUAUCGCCCAGCCGUCGAUGUCAAGAUGGAGCUCACAUCGGCAGAACGGAUAGCUCAAUCCUUACAACAUGCACUGACCCCCCCACCAGCAGAACUUGUGACCGACUUGUCUGCCGUUGCACGUAGUGCUAUCCAAGCGGUCAUCGAGAAUGUUGAUGCUACUGCGAUCGGACGGCGACCGCCUGGGGAAGAAUAUCGUAUGGAUGAGUUAGUCUCUGGUGUUGUCUUCUCCGUCCGAAAUCUGCUCUAUGUCGCUGCCGCAUCAACUGGCCAAAUACCACCAAACGUCCUACCCCGUAACAUGCGAUAUACUAUCCCAACUACCAACCCUUCUCCACUCAAACCAGCCCAGCGUAAAGUUACAGCUACGCUUUCAAGACUUGUCCUCUCUGCUAGAGCUCUUCAAUAUGAUGCAGGCUCGACUGUCUCUGACACUCUUGAUCGAAUCCAAGUGGACGCCGAGGAACUCGACCGUGCUGUCCAUUCUUUCGUUCUCGAAGUUCAGCGAGUGCAGCAUUCAACACCAGAGGCCAACAAGAAUGUGAAGCGAUUACAUGGUGUUUUUGUUACAGCCAAUAUCGGUUUGGGCCUCUUUGGUGCAGGAGCAGCGGCCAGUUGGAAGGGCUUUGGCUGGGUCUCCUUACCUGAAGAGGACUCGCCCCAAGAUCCUCUCAGCGUCAAUGCGCUCAGCGAUCUGUCUACUCAAGUGCAGGAGCUGGAUCGCUAUUUCGGUUCACUGGAAGACGCAGUUCGGGCGCCUGACGAUAGCUCAAUGGAAGUCAUUCACCACCGCUCACGGCUUCUCGUUGCUCAGCUUUCUUUGUAUCUCAAGUUUGCCUCCAACAUACAUAUCGCCCGUCAUGUUGACAUCGACGGUAUACGUCAAGAAGCAGGCGCUGGUCCCAACGAAAUGUACCUCCAAACGGUUGAUCGAGCGCGUUCCUUGAUACGGACGCUGGAACACGGCAUGCAGUCCGUCUAUGACGAAAGCAUGUCUCUCCUUCUUGCAGCUCAGUCUUUGCGGCGGAUCGAACCUGGUCAAUCCUUUCAAGCACAGGACCUGACUCUUGAUUAUUUGCAAACACUCUCAGUUUCACUGAGAGCCAAUCUCCAAUUAGUCAACAAUACGUUUGAUGGGCUGUUGUCGAUUGGACAUGAGCAAGCAGACCUUGCACAAGGCGAUUAUAACGGCUCUAUCGACUGGCGAAUGUCGCGAUUAAGUGUGAUCGACCCAGCUCUUGGCGGCGCUCUUCGUCCAGAGUCAACAUUGUUGGAGGGUAACGGGGACAUGAUUGACAUUGGUUCUGUUUUGGAACAGAGGAAGCGCCGGCUUGCUCCCGAGACAUUUGCCUCGCAAUCCAGUCAACAUCAUCCCAACGCAAGCAGCGUUAGUUCGACCCUCAACGGAGACUUCGAGGACGACACCAUGGUACCCGACUCUCCAGAUAAGGGAGACUUCGAUGGUGGUCUGGAUGAGGACCCCACCCCUAACAAUCCGCGAUCACCUCCUCGUCCGUCCGGCAGCAGCAAAUUAGCCAAGAUUCUCGGAGCCGACUAUGCGAAAAGUGUUCCCCCACCACCAGAACCAGAAGCUCCUCCGAAACCUUGGUAUCUCCAGCCAUCAUAUAGUCCCACUGAGAUUAUGAUGGAUGCUGAUGGUGGUGUUCGAGCUGGAACUGUACCCGCCCUUGUUGAAAGGUUGACGGCACACGAACAGGGAGAUCCGACCUUCAUCAAGUCUUUUUUAAUGACAUUCAAGUCCUUUACCUCGGUGGACGAUUUAUUCGACUUGCUUGUACAACGAUUCUGGAUACAACCUCCACCCAAAUUGACGCCUGCGGAACGCGAAGAAUGGGGUCGACUGAAGCAACACAUCAUCCAGGCUCGAGUGUUGAAUACUUUCAAGUCUAUGAUUGUGGAUGAUGACGUCCUUGAGAAGGAUGACCUGUUUAUCCUGGAAAGGAUAAAAGAGUUCAUCACGACAGACGAGGUUGUGAGAUUCCCAGCGGCUAAGCAACUGUUGAUACUUAUUGAGCGAGCGCAAAAGGGUGGCGAUAGCAUGAUCAAAAUGAUUACUGCACCUCAGGGACUACCUCCGCCGCCAUUGGUGCCGAAAUCGAGCAAGAAACUCAAACUAUUAGACAUCGAACCCCUGGAGCUUGCACGUCAGCUGACCAUAAUGGAAAGCCAGCUCUAUCAACGCAUUCGACCCAUGGAGUGUUUACAGCGGGCAAGAGAACAGCGGACAGAGAAUAUCGACAACAUCACCGUCGUCAUCCAAACGAGCAACAAGAUCGCUCUUUGGGUUGCGGAAUCGAUUCUCUCUAAAGAGGAUUCAAGACGGAGAGCUAAUGUCGUCAAACACCUGAUAGCUGUUGCCGACCGGUGCCGAACGUUGAACAACUUCUCUACUAUGGCAGCUAUCACUGCUGGUUUGAACACCCCACCAAUUCGUCGUCUCAAGCGGACCUGGGAACAAGUCAAUCAACGCUAUAUGGCCCAGUUUGGUGCUUGCGAAUUAACGAUAGAUUCUGAGAAGAACUUUGCCAAGUACCGAGCUAUGAUGACGUCAGUGAUUCCGCCCUGUGUACCUUUCAUUGGUGUCUUUCUAACCACAUUACAAUUCAUCCAUGACGGGAACAAGGACAAUCUACAAGGUCCGCCACCCGCUGGCGCGAAAGAGGGAACACUUGGAAUGUCGCUCGUCAAUUUCCGGAAACGGCAAAUGGCAUCCGAGGUUAUCAAUGACAUUAAACGGUGGCAAGUGCCGUUUAACUUCCAUGUGAUACCCAGCGUCCAAGCCUACAUCGAGGAGUCGCUCAAUUCAGUGAGCGACACCAAGGAGUCUAGUGAGCGCUUCUGGAACAUGUCUCUGGAGCGUGAACCGCGAGAACGGGAAGACGAGAAAAUGGCACGGUUGCUACAAGAAAGCGGGUUCUUGUAG